AUUUACUACCUCGCCACUCGCCGUCGAGCUAAAAGCGCGAUAGUAAAAUUGCACGUGAGUGUAUAAUAACGUUCCUGCUGGAAAUGAUAUAAUACAGUGAGUGGAUCUCAUUUUGUGAAUGUGUGUGUUUUACUAAAUUAACAAUUAACCCAUACGCAUUUUGUCCGGCAUUUUAUCCAAAUUAAUUCAAUAUGGCUUCACGAUUUAAAAGAAUAGCAGUAGGUGGUUUAACGGGAUGCGUUGGAGCAGGUAUUGCUACGUAUUUCCUUCUUCGAGACGACGGUAAGACAUCGUGGCCAGUAGCAGUUAGCGCAAAGGAAAUUAGUCUAAAACCUAAACGAAUAUUACCUUCAAGAUCCGAUCAACUAAAAUCUCUUCAAACCGAAAAAUUCGAUAUUGUUAUUAUUGGUGGUGGAGCUACCGGUGCUGGAUGCGCUUUAGAUGCAACUACACGAGGACUGAAGACUGCACUUAUUGAAGCCGAUGAUUUUGCCAGCGGAACGUCGAGCAGAAGCACGAAACUGAUCCACGGAGGAGUCAGAUAUCUCCAAAAGGCAAUAAUGCAAUUAGAUUACGAGCAAUACAGAAUGGUUCAAGAAGCACUUCACGAAAGAGCAGUUAUGUUACAUCAAGCUCCACAUUUAGCACAUCCAUUACCUAUUAUGUUACCAGUAUAUAGGUGGUGGCAAGUUCCUUACUACUGGGCUGGUAUAAAAAUGUACGAUCUGAUAGCCGGUAGACAAACCGUAAAAUCUUCUUAUUUCCUAUCAAAAAAGAAUGCUCUAGAGCUGUUUCCUAUGUUAAGGGGUGACAAAUUGGUCGGUGGACUGGUAUACUAUGAUGGUCAACAAGACGAUGCCAGAAUGAACUUGGCAAUAGCCAUAACGGCAACUGUGCACGGAGCUACGAUAGCCAAUCACGUCAGCGCUACUAGUUUAAUAAAAGAGAAACGCGAUGGAAAAGAAGUAAUAUGCGGUGUAAAUGUUAAAGACGAAAUGACCGGUAAGACUUGGAGUAUACCUACGAAGUGUGUCAUCAACGCUACUGGACCUUUCACAGACAGCAUUAGAAAAAUGGAUAAUCCGAACGUUAAAGAAAUUUGCAGUCCCAGUAGCGGGGUUCACAUAACUUUACCAGGGUACUACAGUCCAGAACAAAUGGGUCUUCUGGAUCCCGACACUAGCGAUGGUAGAGUAAUUUUCUUCCUACCAUGGCAAAGACACACAAUCGCCGGUACCACAGAUUUGCCCUGUAAAGUGACACAUAAUCCGAAACCAACAGAAGACGAAAUCAUGUUUAUUUUAGAAGAAGUAAAAAAUUAUCUUAACCCAGACGUAGAAGUCCGAAGAGGAGAUGUACUGUCAGCUUGGAGCGGAAUAAGACCACUUGUUUCUGAUCCAAAUAAACCCAACACCCAGUCAUUAGCUAGAAAUCAUAUCGUGCACGUUAGUGAAUCCGGUUUGGUCACAAUAGCAGGAGGGAAAUGGACAACUUACAGAUCCAUGGCUGCAGAAACCAUCGACGAAGCGAUUAAAGCUUGUAAUUUGACUCCCAAAUAUAAAGACAGUCAAACAGAUAUGAUGGUUCUUUACGGAGCCCAUGGAUGGACUCCAACCAUGUAUAUUCGAUUGGUACAAGAUUUUGGUUUAGAAUGUGAAGUAGCGCAACAUCUGUCAAAAUCUUAUGGAGACAGAGCUUUUGCUGUAGCUAAAAUGGCAUCUUUGACAGGUAAACGGUGGCCGAUUAUUGGAAAAAAACUUCAUCCUGAAUUUCCAUACAUUGACGCUGAAGUGAGAUAUGGUGUAAGAGAAUACGCUAUUACAGCUGUAGAUAUGAUCGCUAGAAGAGUGAGGUUAGCUUUCUUGAACGUCCAAGCUGCUCAAGAAGCGCUACCUGAUAUUGUUAAUAUCAUGGCUGAAGAAUUAGGUUGGUCCGAAGAGGAAAAGAAGAACCAAAUGAAACAAGCUUCAGAAUUUCUUCAAAACGAAAUGGGUCAAAAUGUGAACCGGGCUAGUAGAGACAAAAUACCAAUUAAUUUAAGUAAAGAAGAAAUACAACUUUACAUUAAAAGAUUCCAAUACAUCGACAAAGACCGAAAAGGAUACGUAUCCAUAAAUGACAUUAGGAGAAGUCUAAAAUCAUUAGGAAUAAAACUUACCGACGACGAAGUCCAUGUUUUAUUAUCGGAGAUCAACCUAAUGUUUAAUGGUCAACUGGAUCUAGCGGAUUAUUUACACAUGAUGUCCGCCAUCAAAUCCGGUCACGUGACGUAUUCCAGAUUCGCAAGAAUGGCCGAAUUAGAAGAAAUCAAACAAGAAACUGAAUUACUCAAAAAGAAAUUAUCUGUUGAACGUAGCGGUGGUGGGCUGUAAGAAAAAGAAAAUUGGGAAUGCACGAAAAAAAAAUAGUGAUUCCUUUUCAAAGUGGGAUUAGAUAUACUAUUCUAUUCCAUAUCUAUUUUAGUUCAUACCUAUUUAUUUUUAUUUAUUUAUUAAAUGAUCUGUAAGUUUUAUUUUAUGAAAGACUUUUUGAGAAUAGAAAAUGUCGCUCGAUAAGUAGAAAAUAUCUGCUCCGUGCUUUAUGUCUAUAAUGGAAGUAGAAAACUGCCGGAUAUCCGGAUUUAAAUUUGUACCUAAGCAAUAAGUACAAAACUUUAUGCAACUCCAGAUUGUAAUAAGAUUAGUCUUUCACUUUUGGCUACUGCCAAUUUCAAAUCUUAAAAUAUUGUUGGUGUCAACACUGGAUGAAAAUUACCAAUGUGGAUUUUCCUAUACGUUACGGUAAGGUUUGUUGGAGUUGACCCUGACAUAGGAGUUACUCCUCUGCAGGGCUGGGGUUGUGGUGGUUGCGUGGGAUUGUGCUUGCUGUCUUGGUUGUAAGGAGGAAACGCGACAACAAUUGGCCAAAAGACCAAAAGAGAGUACUUUUUACCUUUGAAAAAGAAUAUAAUGUUUAUAGACUACCUGGAUUUUCGAUAUUCUCAUAGGCUAUGGCGUUGAAAGUACCUGAAAUGGCAACAAGGACACAAAACCUGAUCCAUCUUCAGCAUAUAAAAUAAUCAGCUUUUUCCUUUGGCUACUGGCGAUUUUAAUCAAUCAGUUUUUCCAUACUUUUACAAGCUGUAAAUGUACUUUUCGUCACAAUAUACUGUCAUCUGCCUUCUUUACUUAGAAAAUGGCGCAUUUUAUGUUCUUAAAUAUAUUUUAUCUACAACCACUUUAUUUAUUAUGUCAUCGUUCAAUUGACUGGAAUUUUUUUGAUACGAUCGAUGAAACUAUUGUUUUGCCAAUCAUAAAACACUCGAAAUAAAUUCAUGUAUCAAGAUUUUCACGUCAAUAUUUAUACUAAUAGACAAAACAAGGUUAUUUAUUAAUCUUUUGCUAAUUGUUUUUGUGCCUAAAUAUUUCCAUUUCCAAAUUCUUAUAAAUAUUAUUUAUUGUGCUAUACACUCUAGGUAUGUUAUUUUUCCUUUGGAAAUUGUUGAAUAAAAAAGAAUACUCA